AUGUUCAGCCUAAGAGAGGGGAUUUUUGUGUGUGUGUGUGUGUGUGUGUGUUUAACAGUGAUGAUGUGUGUGUGUGUGUGUGUGUGUGUGUGUGUGUGUUUAACAGUGAUGAUGUGUGUGUGUGUGUGUUUGUGUGUGUGUGUGUCCUCAGAGCAAGAACUCGUGAGUUGGAAGAACUGAGAGGCCUAUGGCGUGGGUGUUGUCCUUGGCCACCUGCUGACAAGGCUGACAAGAUAGGACCCUUUUGUCCAUUGUUAUUGGAUAGGAACAGAACUUAUAACCAGCUCCUGACCUAAAUAGAUCUUAGCACAACAUUUUACUCAACAUAUCAUAUUCCAUAUUCACUAUAACAAAUAUAUUUACUACGACAUUAGCAAGAACCCGCCACAUCCUCAGCCGGCUAAUCCAGUGUGUGAAGUUUUGCGGAGUGUUUGAGUUAGCUUUGCGAGGCAAAGAUGAAACUGAGGGCUCCACCAACCCUGGUAAGCCAACACUUUUGAGAUCAGUCAAUAAAUGCUUCUGGUAUUGACUUAUAUGCUGCCCCUGUCUUCAUGUUGUUGCUGGACAUAUCUUUUUUAAAAUGUGUGUAGGUCACCUAAAUCAUCAGAAAAAUUGCCCCUCCUGAGAAUUUUUUCAGGAGCCGCCACUGGUUUUAGCAAUUGAGAAAAAACUGUAAAAGGGUCUUUGUGAUGCUAUGGGGAGAUGGGUGUGGGUGUGAGGGGGGGAGAAUGGGGUCUACAGGAGGUCAAGGUUAGAAUUUGAGUGUUUCCUGAUUAACAAAACCUCUGUAUGUGUACAGCCUUAUGCUGUAUAUACACUGAGGAUUCCAAACAUCAGGAACACCUUCCUAAUAUUGAGUUGCACCCAACCCCCGCAGUUGUGCUUCCCACAGUUGUGUCAAGUUGGCUGGAUGUCCUUUGGGUUGUGGACCAUUCUUGAUACACACAGGAAAACUGUUGAGCAUGAAAAUCCCAGCAGCGUUGAAGUUCUUGACACAAACCGGUGAUCCUAGCACCUACUACCAUACCCUGUUCAAAGGCACUUCAAUAUUUUACCUUGCCCAUUCACCCUCUAAAUGGCACACAUACACAAUCCAUGUCUCAAUUGUCUCCAGGCUUAGCAAUCCUUCUUUAGCCUGUCUCCUCCCCUUCAUCGACACUGAUUGAAGUGGAUUUAACAAGUGACAUCAAUAAGAGAUCAUAGACUUCACCUGGAUUCACCUGUUCAGUCUAUGUCAUCGAAAGAGCAGGUGUUCUUAAUGUUUUGUCUAGUGACAAUUUACAUUUAUUUCCUCUCCUUCUUUGUGUCCUCCUACUGUACUGGACAGUAUCUAGCUCUACAGGUGUAUUUACUGAUGUAGAAAACUGGUUUUUAUUUACAGAUGUAGGAUCUUAAUUUGAUCACUCUUUUGUUGCUGAGAAUUGUCCUGCAUGGCAGGAAAUGCAAACGUGUAGUGUAUGCAAAGUUUAUAAAAUAAUAAAUAAUAAUAAUAAAUAAUAUGCCAUUUAGCAGACGCUUUUAUCCAAAGCGACUUACAGUCAUGCGUUCAUACGAAAAAUGUUUUGUGUAUGGGUGGUCCCGGGGAUCGAACCCACUACCUUGGCGUUACAAGCGCUGUGCUCUACCAAAGAGUAAUUUCCACAUUAAAAUGUCAGACUUGAUAUGCCCUAAAGAAAAAUGUAUCAACCCCUACAAAAAAGUGAAUUAAUUAUAAUCCACAUAAUAAUUCACAUUUCCUGUGGCAAUAGGACUAUUUUCCUGCUGUAGCAAACUGGCUCAAAUUAAGAUCCUACAUCUGUAUACACCAUGGGAUAUUAUAUUAUUUUGAAUAUUUUCUCUCUGCUUGAGUGUAGUUCAUUGUCAAGGUGACAGCACUAAUCAAAUAUUUCUUGCUACUGUAACGUCUCUCUUUCCAUCUCCCUCCCUCCCUCCCUCCCCGCUCUACCUCUCUCCCUCCCACCCUCCCUCCAUCUCUACCUCCCUCCCUCCCUCUCUCCCUAUGUUCCUCCCCCUCUCCCCUUCUCUCCUCCAGAAGGCAGAUGUGGCGGUAGCCCCGCUAACCAUCACCCUGGUCCGAGAAGAGGUGAUCGACUUCUCCAAGCCCUUCAUGUCUUUGGGCAUCUCCAUCAUGAUCAAGAAGCCCACCAAGUCUAAACCAGGUGUAUUUUCCUUCCUGGACCCACUGGCCUAUGAGAUCUGGAUGUGUAUCGUGUUUGCCUACAUCGGUGUGAGCGUGGUCCUGUUCCUGGUGAGCCGCUUCAGCCCCUAUGAGUGGCACGCAGAGGACUAUGAGGAGGCGGCUGACCCCCAGACCCCCACCCAGCCGACGGGGCCCGGUGCUGGGCAACAGUCGGGGCUGAGCCCUGGUCAGCAAGGCCAGAACCAGCAGAAUCAGGAACAGACCAACGAGUUUGGCAUCUUCAACUCUCUCUGGUUCUCCCUGGGAGCCUUCAUGCAGCAGGGAUGUGACAUCUCACCCAGGUAG